AUGGGAAAGCAAGGGUUAGGCGAGAUGAACGACAACGGGGAUAGAUUCGCCGACCUGUGCGCCACAAGUAACCUGGUCAUCGGAGGGAGUGUUUUCCACCACAGAAGGAUACACAAGGCAACUUGGGUGUCACCAAACCUGUCAACGGAGAACCAGAUUAACCACUUGUGCAUCGCAAGGAGUUUUCGUCGCUCUCUCCAGGAUGUCCUAGAGGAGCUGCUUGAAGAAGGGACGAUAGAGCAGAAGUGGAAGAACGUGAAAGAAGCACAGACUUCAACAUGCCAAGAAGUACUGGGCCCCAAGUCUUACACCCACAAGAAGUGGAUGACAGCAGAGACGCUCCAAAAAGUUGAGGAAAGACGAGAAAAGAAGGCAAGUGUAAACAACAGCAGAACACGCGCCGCAAAAGUGAAAGCACAAGAAGAGUACACCAAAGCAAAUAGGAGCUUCAAGCGAAGUAUCAGAGAAGACAAGGGGAACUACCUAGAGACGCUUGCAACAGAGCUACAAGUGAUCUGCCAAUCAAAUGCUGCACUCCCACAAAAGAAAAGAUCAGCAGCGCCAUCUAAACAAUUGAAGAACGGCAAUUCUGCAGGACCUGACAGCAUACCGGCAGAAGCGCUUAAGGCUGACGUGGAGACCAGUGUGGACCUACUACACCCGCUUUUCAGCAAGAUAUGGGAAAAAGAAGAAAUACCAACAGAGUGGAAAAAGGGGUUACCUCAUCAAGCUUCCCAAGAAAGGCGACCUCAGUUCCUGCUACAACUUCCGAGGAAUCACGCUGUCAUCCAUCCCAGGAAAGAACAGCUCACGGAUGCCUUUGAUGUGAGAACUGGUGUGAGGCAAGGCUGUUUACUCUCACCUUUCCUGUUCCUACUGGUCAUAGACUAG